AUGAUGGCAUUUGGUCGCUUUCGGCCACAGCUGGUGGUGCGCACCAGUUGGGCAUUAAAGAUCGCAACAUCAGCACAAGGGCCACGAGCCACAGUGUUCCAUUUUUGGAACCACUUCUGGUUUCGGAGGUUCUUGCGUGCUGCUCGAAUUGGAUUUCUUUCAGUGUCGUUAUACAGUGUAGGCUACGCAAGCGGCGCCAGCGACAUGGCAAUUGAUCCCGAUGGUAUGCUACGGCAAAAGGCCACCAGCCUGCUCCACUCGAUCGGUGCCACUGAUGAGAAGGGCAACGUCAGACUUUGUGAUCCGGGCUGCGAAGAAUUCAAGGCAGUGCAGCGAGUUCUGCCACGCAUUCUACAAGCAGCACGGAUACAGGUCAGGCGGAUGCAGGCUAACCUCCAGGAGUCCAUCAAGCAGCAAGAAGGACCGGCUACUGAUGCCCAAGAAGAAGAGCUGCAGUCACUUCGCCGCGCGCAAUUCCAGUUGGAUACGUGGUCUGAUACCGGCUUCAUUCUGGCAGAUGUGCAUACGCCAAAUGCAUUCGUGACACCUCAGGUGCCCAGGCUCAUUUUCGUGCACCGGGGCAUCUUCCGUGUUAGGAGACGAGUCCCGCUUGAGGAAGCUGCCUCGGGAUCAUUGGUUUACAUACACAGAGAUCGCUGGCACAAGGCCAAAUUGGUGUCCACAGAUGCAGAUCAGGCGUCCUGCAUCAUCACUUUAGAGAACUCUCAACAGAUGUCUGUGGACAAGAGGGAGCUCUUCUCCCUGAAGGAGUGCAGGGUGGUGGAGAAUGAUGAGCAGCUUGCCAUGCUGCUGAGCCAUGAGCUCGCCCAUGCAGUGCACGACCAUGGCUCGGACAGCCUGAGCCUAUCUGCCUCGGCCUACCAGUUGGAACUUCUGCUGCUGACGGCUCUAGACCCCUCUGGCAUGAUCACUUUCCUCCUCGAGAUCGCUGCCGGAGCCAUUGCCAGGUAUGCCAUUCUUCUGCCAGAGAGCCGAUGCGAUGAGAUGGAGGCGGAUGCGACUGGCUUGCAGAUUUGCGCUCUUGCGGGAUACGACCCCCGACUGGCAUCAGUGUUCCUUCAGAAGAUGCAGGCAAUGGAGGACUUUCUUGAUUCAGAACGUGCUCCAUCCUGGGCCAGCACACAUCCGACAACAGAGGCGCGCAUCGAGGCCCUGAAGCAUGCCGAGGAGGAUGCAGUGAAAUGUUACCACUCGCACAAGGAGUGGAAGGGUUGGUUUGGACGCGCUGCCCAUUGA